AUGUGCUCCCCCACCGACUCCCUGAUGGUGUGCCAGCUGAAGAAGGGCCAGUGCUCCCCCGUGGGCGCCGUGUUCUCCCCCCCCGGCGGCCCCGUCAAGGCCCUCGGCAACGACACAGCACUGAACCGCACCGCCGUCGCCGCCUCCAUCUCCACCGCCCUCAGCACCCCCGCCGUGGCCGCCGCCGUCGCCGCCGCCGUCGUUUCCUGUCCCGAACCUGUUGAUUACAAGAUAAGCGACUUCAUCGCCUGCCUGAAGACGGCCUGCAUGGACAACGUGGUCGUCUCUUCCUUCGUGAGGACCCUUCCCUUCACCGGUGUUCCUGGGCCGUGGCUCCGGCUCCGACGCUCUAGACCCUUCUGGGCCACCGUGGCUCAGAGGAACCGCCUCCGACCCGGAAGCCAGCGGCCAAAGCACGAGACACGCAUUGCCAACUGCCUUUGCGUUCACUCGGCGCACAAGUUCCUGUUGACGUUGUUGUUUCCGUUUAAUUCUGGAAAAGGGAAAUACUUGGAAAAUAUUUCUAAGCCACCGUGGCUCAGAGGAACCGCCUCCGACCCGGAAGCCAACGGCCGUAUAAAAGAUGAAGACGAUGGAAGACGAGAUCACUGUCAGCUGCGACGUGAAGGAGAGGAUAAAAUGCAGUCCGUGGCAGUGUGUGUGUUGGUCCUCGCGGCUGGAGUGUCGGCUGUCCCGCCGGCAGGAGGCUUCGCGGCCUCGCCUUGGGCUGACACCUCGAUGUGCUCCCCUACGGACCCCCCGGCGGUGUGCCAGCUGAAGAAGGGCCAGUGCUCCCCCCUGGCCACGGUCUUCUCCCCCCCGGGCGGCCCCGUCAAGGCCGUCACCUCCUGCGCCACUGCCACCGGCGUCGUCCUCGGCCCGCAGUUCUACAUGAGCAUUGGCAAGGCAUUCUCCUCGGGCAACCUCGAGAGCAUGGUCGACAUGGUUUCUUCUGACUCCACCGAAGCCACUGUCAUGCGGUUCUGCUUCGUGAAUGCCACGGGUCUGCUGAACAGCGACUUGGUGACGCUGAACCGCACCGCCGUCGUCGCCUCCGUCGCCGCCGCCUUCACCACGCCCGCCCUUGCCGAAGCCGUCGUCUCCGCCGUCGCCACGUGCCCCGAGCCCGUCAACUACCAGCUCGCUGACUUCAUCUCCUGCUUGAGAUCUGCUUGCAUGGCGAGCGUGACCGUGCCUGCCACUGCGGGCGGGUCGCCGUUCAUGGGGUCUUCUCCAUUCCCGAUGAUGUCACCUUACAUGGGGUCACCUUACAUGGGGUCACCUUACAUGGGGUCCCCAUCGGGAAUGAAGUCCUCUCCAUACAUGGGGUCCCCGUUUGCCAUGAAGAGUCCAGCCGCCGUGGGAGCCAAACCUCCCAAGAAGGCUUCCCCCAAAAUGGCCUCCUUCCCCACACAGGCUUAAACGCCUCAGAAGACCAUUCAGGAAAAGGACUGCAGCCUCUUAGCAAGAAAUGAUAUGUGGAUUUCCCGUUUGAUUAUUAUGUUGUUUUUAUAUAUAAUGUGAAUGUGAUCUUUCUUUCCUUAUUCCAAUAAAACAUGUCAUUUAA